GCAUUCUAUUCUAGUUAUUUCCAUUUUAAUGCCAAGCUCCUAAAAAAAUAGUGUUCUGCUCGAUUUUAAGAGCUUAUAUACAGUAAAACCUCGUUAACACGAACCCUUAUAACACGAAUUUCGCUUUAGCACGAACAAAAGUUUUUGUCCCUUGAAAAUAAUAUGGGCUUGCACAGGGAAAAAUAGUGUUAUCCGAAUUCUUUCAUUAACACGUACUUCGAACACAUUUACGAGUCCCCACGUUUAAGAAAUUCGUGUUAUCAAAUCCCCACCCUCAAAUUUUUCUCGGCUAGCAGAUAGAGCGUUAGUCAGUCCGUCUUCAAUAUGAAACGGAAACAGACUUCUAUCGAUUUGUCUUUGAAAUUGAAAAGUUUAGAGGAAGUUGAGAAAGGCGUGAAAUCAAAAACUAAUAUAGCCAAAGAUAUUGGAAUACCAAAAUCGACUUUGUCAACAAUUGUAAGUAACAAGGACAAGUUAUUUCAAGCUAUAGCUGCAGGUUCUGUGACACCAACUCAAAAAACAAAGCGAAUGAGACUUGCAAAACAUGAAAAUCUGGAGUCUCAACUGUUAACGUGGUUUAAUAAUGUUCAAAGUGCGAAUCUUCCAGUUAGUGGUCCUAUUAUUCAGGAAAAGGCCGAAAAAAUUGCAGAAGACUUAGAUAUAGAAGGUUUUAAAUGUUCCAGUGGUUGGCUGCAUUGUUUCAAAAAUCGACAUAACAUAGGAAGUGUUGCAGUGUGUGGCGAGUUAAACAAAGUUAUUGAAACUGAUGCGAAUGAAUGGAUUACAUAUUUUGACGAGGUUAAGAAACCAUAUGCUGCAAAAGAUAUUUUUAACUUUGAUGAGAGUGGAAUAUUUUUCAAUUUACUUCCGGAUAGAACUUUAGCGAUUAAAGGAGAAAAGUGCCAUGGUGGCACGAGAAGUAAACAACGGUUGACGGCUGUUUUUAUCUGUAAUUCAGACGGCAGUGAAAAACUACGUCUUUGAAUAAUAGGAAAGUGGGCUAAUCCACGCUGUUUUAAAGGUAUCGAUCGAUCAAAAUUGCCGUGUGAAUACAGUAAUCAACGCAAUGCGUGGAUCGAUGAGACUGCUUUUCGGCAAUGGCUGAUAAAAUUUGAUAGCCGCAUGCGAGUUCAAAAUCGCAGUGUUUUGCUCACUUUGGACAAUUGCUCUGCGAAUGAAAUCAGUUCACUGCAACUAACAACUAUCAAAAUUAUAUUCUUCCCUUCAAAUAUGAUUAGCCAAAUUCAACCUCUCGAUCAGGGCAUCAUUGCAGUCGUUAAAAAAAAUUAUCGAAAGUAUUUAUUACGUCAUGCUAUACACGGUUUGGAGAGUAAACAACCACAAAAAAUAUUGAAUGUAUUACAAGCGAUCCGGUUUAUAGCUUUAGCGUGGAAAUCUGUAUCUGCUGAACAAAUCAAAAAAUGUUUCAAUAAAGCUUGGACUAGAAGUGACGCAGAAUUACCAGUACAAGUUGAUGUCUUUGAAAGCCAAGAAUGGGAUUAUUACAAUAGCCUUAAUCCUCAUUCGGAAUCUAUUCCAUUCGAGGAAUAUGCUACAAUAGAUGAUGACGUCUCUGUUUGUGAGUUGGCUUCAUCGGUCUUGAUAGAAGAAGAAGAAGAAGAAGAAGAAGAAGAAGAAGAAGAAGACGUAGAAGAGGAAGAACAAAACGAAAAUACAAAACCUAGUCUAGAAUCUUGUAGAAGUGCUUUGGAAACUCAACAAAAUUAUGCCAACAAUAACAACGUUACUAAUGACUUCGUAGAGUCAUUAUAUCAAAUAAGCUUUGAAGUUAAUUCAGAAACUUUGAAAAAUAAACGACAAACUACAAUUACGCAGUAUUUUGCAAAAAUUUAAUGUAAAAUGGACUUUAUCUUCACUAAUAAAAAAUAAUUUUUUUAACGCUAUUUAGCGUCUUAAUAUCUCAUUCACACAAACUAAUUCGUGUUAACGGAUAACACGAAUUUCGUUAUAACGAGAACAAAUUCUCUAGUCCCGUCGAAUUCGUGUUAACGAGGUUUUACUGUAUUAGGGUGCUCCGUUUGAAACGAACAUUUUUUUGUUCCCCAUUGAAAAACUUGUUCCCACAUGCUAAAACAAAAAUUCAGUCAAUUUUGAGGACUUAAUAUCUAUUUUAAAAACCGGAACAAUAUAUUGACGUAUCUUAUUGGUUCAAAGUUUUGUUCAAAGAGAACUGUAUGCCCUUUGAAAAAGCUUAUGUGUGCUUAGCGGUACCUUCAACUACAGUCCGCUUAAAAUCUCUGAAGGGAAAGUCUAAUUUCCAAUGAAAUUUGUGGUUUUUGGUUGUACAUGGUUGACUUUCAGGAAAAAAAGUAUACAAUAUGUUUUGUAGGAAAUGUAGCCUUCUACAAAAAAGUUCAUAUAAGUCGAAUCUCUAAAAUCAAUAUUUAAAGAGAUAUAUGAACUUUAAGUAAUUAAAAUUCAAAAUUUUAGCUACGUGUCACGAUUCAAUACCACAAAAUAUUUUCAGUUAUUAAAUUAUGGGAAGUAUUGAUUAAUAUAUGUUUGUGUAAAAUAUAAAAUACUCGAAAUUAUUCAUCCAAAUUACUUUGAAAAAC